AUGCAGCAAGUGUUAAUCAACGAAUCUGUUAUAGGAAAAAUGUAACAUCUGACCAUGUUGCUUUAACUUCAUAUCUUCAUGAAACCUUCUAGCUUUGACUUGAGUUGGCGAUUUUGGUCAGCUUUAUUUUUAUUUAGCGGCACCAGUGUAAUAUACAUACAUCAGACGUAUCAUCCAUAGACAUAUGCAUUCAUUGUAACUUUCCUAGAAUGGUGCUGAAUUUUUGUGAAUGAUUAGCGGCAUUCCAGUGAAAUCAGUUUGGUAAUAAAUUUCUACCCAUACCUUAAAAAGAAGCACCACCCGUAACAAGGAUUUCAAUUCUUCACAGUAAAUCAUUCCUUUCCAAUUUGUUUUCUAAUCCAACAAAUUGUGAAGAAUAUAUCAUUUUAGUUACUAAACAUACAGAGAGAGGGAAAAUGUCUCAGCCUUACCCUCUUUGCAAUAAUUCCCCAUCUUUUUCUUUCCAUUGUCGCAAACCCUUCACCAUCACCACUUCUCAUUCCAAAACCCUUCUCCACGCCUCACGCUUCUCCUUCCAAGUGUUCAACACUAUACCCCAUGCAAAACUCGACGACCCAGAUGCAAAUUCUUCGUCUUCCACCAAAACCUCCAUCUGGGUCAACCCCAGAAGCCCCAGAGGCAAACGCCUUUGGAAAAUUUCCCCUAAUGCCAGGUCAUCAUUUCUCAACAAACUCACCAAGUCUCUGGAUUCCUGCAACCCCACCGAGAAACACGUCUCUGAAAUCCUCAACGUUUUAGGGGACAAAGUUUUCGAACGCGACGCCGUGUUUAUUCUCAAUGCCAUGGUGAAUCCCGAUACUGCACUCCUCGCUCUAAAGUACUUCCAGCAGAAGAUUAGCCACGUUAAGCACGUUGUUCUUUACAACGUUACCCUGAAGCUGUUUAGGGCGGUUAGGGAUUUCGAAGGAGCAGAGAAGCUGUUUGAUGAAAUGCUUCAAAAAGGGGUCGACCCUGAUAUCAUUACAUUUUCAACCAUGAUUAGCGCUGCUUCGCUGUGUUCGUUGCCACAUAAGGCUACGGAGUGGUUUGAGAAAAUGCCCUCCUUUGGGGUUGAACUUGAAUCCAAUGACAUUGCAGCCUCCUUUAUGAUUCAUGCUUAUGCGCUUAGUGGUAAUGCUGAUAUGGCUUUUAAACUGUAUGAUCGUGCAAAAGCAGAGAAAUGGCGGGUUGAAACUGAGGCUUUCUCAGCAUUAAUUAAGAUGUGUGGGAUAUUGGAGAAUUUUGAUGGAUGUUUAAGUGUUUACAAUGAUAUGAAGGUUCUUGAUGUCAAGCCUAACUUGGCAACUUACAACGUUCUGUUGUAUGCCAUGGGGAGAGGCAAGAGGGCCCGAGAUGCCAAGGCUAUAUUUGAGGAGAUGAUAAAUAAUGGAUUUUCACCAACUUGGCCUACCUAUGGAGCUCUUUUACAAGCCUAUUGUAAAGCACGGUUCCGUGACAAAGCGCUGGGAGUUUACAAGGAAAUGAAGGAAAAGGGAAUGAAUUUGGAUGUAGUUCUUUAUAACUUGCUUUUUGACAUGUAUGUUGAUGUUGGCUGCAUGGAUGAAGCUCUAGAAAUCUUUGAAGACAUGAAGAGUUCGGGAACUUGCCAGCCAGAUAAUUUUACAUACUCCUGCUUGAUCAACAUGUACAGUUCUCAUCUCAAACACACCGAGUCUUUGGAGUCGUCCAAUCCAUGGGAGCAACACGUCUCCAUGAUCUUGAAGGAUGUAGGGGACAAGGUUUCGGAAGGAGAUGUGAUAUUUAUUCUUAAAAGGAUGGUGGAUCCCAACACUGCAUCCUUUGUUCUUAGAUACUUACUGGACAAGAUUAAAUUCAGUAGAGAUAAGGAGGUGAUUUUUUACAAUGUGACCCUGAAUUUGUUUAGGAAGUCUAGGGAUUUUGAAGGAGCAAAGAAGUUGUUUGAUGAAAUGCUUCAAAGAGGGAUCAAACCUAAUAACAUUACAUUUUCAACUAUUGUUAAUUGUGCUAGUGCGUCUGGUUUGCCCAAUAUGGCUGUGGAGUGGAUUGAAAAGAUGUCUGGCUUUGGGUGUGAACCUGAUGGCACCACAUGCUCAUCGAUGGUAUAUGCUUAUGCACGCACUAAUAAUGCUGAUAAGGCUCAGAAUCUAUAUGAUCGUGCAAAGGCAGAGAAAUGGUGCCUUGAUGUGGUACCAUUCUCAACAUUGAUUAAGAUGUAUGCCAUGUCAAGAAACUAUGAUAAAUGCUUGAAACUUUACCGAGAAAUGAAGGUUCUGGGUGUGAAGCCUAAUGUGGCAACGUAUAACACUCUGUUGGGUGCCAUGUUGAGAGCUAAGAAUCACAAACAGGCCAAGACUAUAUAUAAAGAGAUGAAAAGUAAUGGAGUGCCACCAGAUUUUAUAACAUAUGCAUCUCUUUUGGAAGUCUAUAUUAGAGCACAACGCAGUGAAGAUGCUUUUGGUGUUUAUAAGGAAAUGAAGGGGAGUGGAGUGGAUAUGACUGCAGAUCUUUAUAACAAGCUUUUAGCUAUGUGUGUUGAUGUUGGCCACAUAGAUAAAGCUGUUGAAAUUUUUGAUGAAAUGAAAAGUUCUAGGACUUGCCAGCCUGACAGUUGGACAUUUUCAUCCUUGGUUACCAUAUAUUCCCGCAGUGGGAAAGUUUCGGAGGCGGAAGGGAUAUUGAACGAAAUGAUCCAUUCUGGAUGUCAACCUAAUAUUUUUGUUCUGACAUCGCUUGUCCAAUGCUAUGGAAAAGCUAAGCGAACUGAUGAUGUUGUGAAGAUAUUUAAUCGACUUGUGGAAUUGGGCAUUGUUCCAAAUGAUCAAUUCUGUUGUUGUCUUCUAAAUGUUCUGACUCAAACACCAAAAGAAGAGCUUGGUAAGGUAACAGGUUGCAUUGAGAAGGCUAAUACUAAGCUUGGGACGGUAGUAAGAUAUUUGUUGAAAGAGCAGGAGGGUGAUGGAGACUUUAGAAAGGACACAAUAGAACUUUUAAAUUCAAUUGAUGCUGAAGUAAAGAAGCCUUUAUGCAAUUGUUUAAUUGAUCUUUGUGUCAGCCUGAAUGUGCUUGAAAGGGCAUGUGACCUUCUGGACCUAGGACACACGCUUGAGAUAUAUACAAAUAUACAAUCUAGAUCUCAAACUCAGUGGUCUUUGCAUUUGAAGGAGCUCUCAAUUGGAGCUGCUAUGACUGCGUUACAUGUUUGGAUAAAUGAUGACUUGUCUAAGGCAUUGGAAUCAGGAGAAGACCUUCCACCACUACUUGGAAUUAAUACUGGGCAGGGAAAACGAAAUCUCAAGUAUUCAAACAAACGCUUGGCUAGUGUAAUUGAAUCACAUUUGAAGGAACUCAAUGCUCCAUUUCAUGAGGCUGAUCCUGGCUGGUUUUUGGUUACAAAGACAGCAGCCAAAUCAUGGCUAGAGUCAAGGGGUUCAACCAAAUCAGUUGCUGGUUUGAACUCUCUGGUUUUAGGUGUUCCAACAAUGGCCCUUUAGUAUCGAUGGUGUUAAUUUGGGAACGAUGUGCCAUGUUAUUUUUUUUUUUUUGGCAUUUUUCUAUUCCUUUUGUCUUUGUGGAAAUUUUGUAUUAGCAUGUUCUUGUGAGGAAGAAAAGUGGGAACACGUGAUUUUAGUAUUAUUUUCAAUAUUAAUUUAAUUUUAAUAUUGUAUUGAAACCAUUGAAAAGCUCUGUUAACCGGAACAAGAUCUUCUCCAUUUUUUUUCAUUUCUUUCAUUACUAAGCUUUUGGAAAAAUAAAUGAAACGAAGAUGAUACACUUUUUAUC